AUGUCGUGGCACACGGCCAAGAAGAGAUUCCAGCGGGAUUUGAACAAGCUUCCCGAGCAGCUCCGGGUGCAGUGGAACGCGCUGUUGAACAAGCAGUACGCGUUGCCCCUGAUGGAGCUGAUGGCGGUGCCCGACCCCGCCAAAAAGCGCUCGACCGGCUUCGACGUCGGCCUCACCGCUGGUGAUUUGUGCUACAUCACCGAAGGGGAAAAGAAGGGUACCAUCACCACCGUGUUCCAGUACUUGUCGCAGGUGGACUCGGUGUUGAUGGCUAACGUCACCGAAAAGAAGUUGUUGCCUCCCACUCGUCACGUCCAAAACCAAACCUCCCACUACACUGACUACCCCAAGUUUGUGCCUCGAUCGCACGUCAGACUUGUCGGUAAGGAAAAGGAUGAAAACGGCAAGAUCGGCUACCUUGUGGCUGAAGAAGUGGUUCUUAAGGGCAAGUACUAUGACGACCGUUACAAGCGGUGGUUACCCCGUCGGUUUGUCAAGCACCAUGAGGAAAUCGAAAUCCCCUGGCCGUCGCCCCCUCUCGAGUUUGAAGACGGUGAAUUGCUGACUCUCGAAGACACUGUGUUUGAACGUACCUACGAAAUGCAACUGAUGGCUCGUCAACCGUUGCCUCUGGGAGUGAUCGACGAGUUGCGUAACAAGUACUCCAAGCACAAGAAGCGCACGUUCUCCGCAUUGCACAUUGCUCGUCUCCAGAAGCCGUCGAUGCCGCUUUCGACGGAACAGAAGAUCUACUUGGCCAAGCAACAACAGAAGCAAGCCACCGCCAAGCCUCAACCCACGGAGUUGCUGGAAGAAGCGCAAGCACUUAUUGGCGAAAAGGUGGCGGCUCAUCUCAACCUGAUCGACAACCCUUACAUGUUGGCCCACCUCGAGGCGUUGCUGCAACAAAAAGUGCCGUCUCCUCAACAACAACAACAACAACAACAAUAG